AUCGAUGAUUUAGAAACUUCAGACAUAAGAAAACCGACAUUGAUGGUCGCAUUGCGUUCGGAGCUUCCUUUCAACUGGUAAAGAAAAAACAUCCCAAAAUAUUGCAUGCUUGGAAUCUUUCGUUAUCCUAAAGUCUAUUUGAGACUGAUUGAAAAGUAUAACGGACUUCGCACAGAAAAUAUAGGCAGCCCAAUGCCUCUCCAACGUGCAAUUCAGGGGAAGGAUCACGAGCAGGAAAAUGGAGGCGAAGGUCUGCGGAAAUUUAUUGUUGGGGAUUUGCCCACUGUCAUGUACAUUCCAAAUUUCAUCACCGAGUCCGAACAAAAUCAUAUAUGGCAUCAGAUAAAUACAGUUCCCAUGUCAAAGUGGAAAACCUUGAAAAAUCGGAGGCUUCAAAACUGGGGUGGUGUUGUGCAUGAGAAGGGUCUUUUGCCACAAGCCUUACCAUCCUGGCUUUCUACAAUCAUACAAAAGAUUUGUGAUUGGACAAAGUUGUUUCCUUCCCCAAUCAAUCAUGUGCUCAUAAAUGAAUAUCUACCAGGCCAAGGGAUAAUGCCUCAUCAAGAUGGUCCUGCAUAUUUCCCUGUCGUUGCAAUUAUAUCACUUGGGUCACCUGCAGUGAUGUGUUUUACUCCUCAUCCAAAAUUGUUAAGUUCUACAGAUUCUGAGACAUCAUCAUCAGAUCAGGCAGCUUGCACGAAGAGCACAACUCCUCUAACCUCUUUGCAUGAUGGAAAAUAUGAACAGCAUCAAACAAGAUCAGACAGAUCUGAAGAAGAUGUCAGAAAGCAAACUGAGCACAAGAUCUUCUCAGUUGCUUUAAUGCCUGGAAGCCUCCUCAUCUUUAAAGAUUCUGCAUAUAAAGACUAUCUGCAUGGUAUAGAAGAAUGUUCCGUACAUGAAUUUGAUGAGGUUAUCAAUGCAGAUGCUGUUGUUGGAGACAUCAUAAACAAUGUUUACAAUACAAAGCUAGUCACAGAUCACAGUACAAAUAUAGAAGUACUCGGUCUGAAAAAGAAGUCUUCUAUAAGUCGGACAGGAACACGGAUUUCACUUACUUGUCGCCUAGUGCCAAAGGUGAACAAAAGCCUUAUCAAGCUUUAAAGAUAGGUUGGUGACAACAGCCAAUGGAAACAUACUAUUCUUGACCCAAAAUCUGUUCUUAUCAAGAACUGCAAACUGCAUAUUUUCAGACAAGUGUCAAUUGGCAUGGUUGUGUGAGUUAGAAAUGAGCUGCAUUCAUGAAAUGAAAAGGCCUUUGUGCAACUCGCACACAGAGAACCAGUUCUUUCUUACAGAUGAAGAUUAUUGGUGGCUUGAUCUUA